AUGCGCACCCCACGCCUGAUACUCGUCCUCUUCUGUCUCGUCUUCUUUCCUAUUUGCCUUACCUUCUUCUCCGCACUUUCUUCACCGCGAGUGGCAGCUCCAAGUGCGCUGGAUAGUCGGACCUCUGGGCUGCAUGCCCUUUUCUCGUUCAAUAUACCUUCCUCGCUUUUUCCGCCCUCAGCUAUUAUCAGUCUGACCGAUGAUAACUCGACCUUCUUCCUGGCUCGUCCUGCGGCGUUUGGUCCAUUGUUACCAUCAAAAGGCUUGAGUGGUCCUUUGUGGAUCGGCAGCGGUUUCAGCGAGGGAAUUUUGACUACUGGUGUGGAAGGGGAACUAGGUUGCUCAGAUAUCCCCGGCUGGGGUGAGGGCAUCAGUCACAGGAAACGGGAUAAGGCAUCCAGGGGUGCCGAGCAAAGUUCCGGCAAAUCCGGGAGUAGCACAGCGAACGAGCCGGCGAGCCCGCAAUCCCGUUCCCGGUCGGCGUCGCAGGUUGACGCCGUCCUGCAGAACGACAAAGAUGGUGCGACGACUCCGUCGUUGAACGACGGCACCGACGAUCACUUGCACCACCCGCUCCCCGAGUCUGCUGUUGCUGAUACCGAAUCAACUCAGAAGCACGGAGACUAUACUCAGAAGAAACCCUCCGCACAUGCCGACAUCCAGUCGUUGCAAGAAGCCGCGGAAAUUCGGGGUAAAGUGGUACUACUGAGUCGAGGUGGCUGUGGGUUUCUGGAGAAAGUCAAGUGGGCCCAGCGCCGAGGGGGUGUUGCAUUGAUCGUCGGCGACGACACUCGCGGCGGGAAUCUGGUCACUAUGUAUGCGCGGGGCGAUACAUCAAAUGUGACCAUCCCGGCUCUGUUUACAUCUCUCACAACUGCCCAUCUUCUUUCGUCGUUGGUGCCGGGGCAUACCGGGGAUACGGCUGACUUGGGCGAUGUCUUGAAAUCCUCCCAAGCGAAGCUCGCGAGCCAGAGUAAUUUCGAAACACAACGGGUGGCGACGAAGGACUCAACCUCGACAUUAUCCUCCAAUCGCCAUUCGACCACGAAACGGCCUACAGCCUUUGAGAAGUCAGGGAAUUUGGGGCGCUUUGAAGACAGUCGACGUCCACCCAGCAGUGGCAAAAUUGAUUGGAUGCCCUUGGAUUCACAGGAUAAUAAACCGUCUGCGCAGACAUUGAAAGGGUCCGUAGAUAGUCGUCGGAACCCGGGCGACACAUCGGACGGCCACUCAUCCGGUGUCUCCCCCGACCCCGUCGACGGUGAUGGGUUCGUUAUCGGGGUCCAUGACUGGAGAGACCCAGAUUUCAUUUCGCCUAAAAGCAGCACAACUUCCACAACCGGUACCACGACGACUGGCAAGGAUGACUCCAAGACAUCUGGCUCAUAUCGAGAUGCCAACCCUAAAUCCAACAUGUUACAGGGUGGCAGCAUCACUCCUGGAAGCGGCGAGUAUCAAAGCAUCGACAAAUCUAGCGGCAAGGUCCAUGACGCAAGUGGGAAAAUGUCCGAAAAGGAGUCUUCGACAUCCAACGGAGGGUCCAAAUCCUCUAGCAAGGGUUGGUUUUCAAGCCACUUUGGCUGGGGGCAUGACACAAAACAGGAAGCUCAGCCUUCUUCCUCGCCUUCUCCAAGCAACACAGCCACAAGCCACAAAACCCCGGAUGCUCUUCACUCGUCCAGUCGAGCAAACGCCGAAGCGACUGAGCACGAGGGGCUCUGGGUCACGCUGACGCCUACCAGCAUGUCUACGAGUCCCUUUUUUGAUACUCUUCUGGUACUCGUUGUCAGUCCGUUGCUGACACUGUCGGUGGUCUAUGCUCUUUUGUUGCUUCGGUCUCGAAUCCGACGUCGUCGGUGGCGUGCCCCGAAAUCAGUUGUGGAGCGUCUUCCUGUCCGGACAUACCACACGAUCUCAAGCACAUCCUCGUCCUCUUCGAAUUCAACACGGCCCUCCAGCCGCGGCGCGCUGUCGCCGACCUCUCCACUUCUUGGCAGCGAACCUCACCCCAGCGCCUCCCGGUCAAAUCGCAGACGAUCACAGACAAUCUUUGGAACUAUGCUGGACUCGUCUGGGCCGCCCAAGGAGGAAAAGUCAACUAGUGUGCAAUCAGGCUCUACUUUGUGGCGACGCAAGUACACCAGUCGACAAGUGGAAUGUGUCGUCUGCCUCGAAGAAUAUGUUGAUGGACAAAGCCGGGUGAUGAGCUUGCCAUGUGGUCACGAGUUCCAUGCGGAAUGCAUCACCCCUUGGCUGACAACCCGGCGACGAACGUGUCCAAUCUGCAAAGGCGAUGUAGUCCGGUCGAUGGCCCAUUACCAUGCUGAUGACUCUCACACUCAAGACGAGCAAGUAAUUGAUCGUGCUCAUUCACCUGGGUCACGAGCCGGCGCAUCUUCAGCGCCAGUUCUCAUUACGGGUGUGGGCGAUGAUGAAGGUGACACGGAGCAACAAGCAGGCCUUCUUGAUGACCACGCGACUUCGGCGCCACAGUCGACCUGGAGAAACCUGUCUUCUCUCAGCUUCUCGGCUCUGAGUGGCGACACCAUUUGGCAUCAGGCACGUGCAGAUCGGAACCGCUGA